CAUCACCUAUCUUACAAAAAUGGAGUUCUCAAACUCUUUGCUCUCUCUCUUACUCUUUUCACUAUAUGUUUCUCCUCUCUCUGCUCUUGUUUCAGCUCAUACCAAUAACCACGAAGACUUUCUUAAGUGUCUUUCUCACAGGAUAAACGACAACACCGUCGAAUCCAAAGUCAUACACACUUCCAAAGACUCUUCCUUUUUUUCCAUCUUGGAUUCUUCCAUCCAAAACCCAAGAUUCUCUGUUCCUGAAACACCUAAACCGGUCUCAAUCAUCACCCCGGUUAAAGCCAGUGACGUUCAAACCGUGAUCAGAUGCGCACGGCUGCAUGGUAUCCAUGUAAGGACUCGCAGUGCCGGUCACGGCUGGGAAGGUCAAUCUUACAUCGCGUACAACAAACCAUUCGUCGUCAUAGAUCUUAGGAAUCUUCGGUCUAUAUCAUUAGAUGUCGAAAACCAAACUGGUUGGGUCCAAACCGGAGCAACAACUGGAGAGUUAUACUUUGAGAUUGGGAAAGCCACCAAAUCUCUUGCUUUCCCAGCCAGUAUUCUCCACACCGUCGGCGUCGGUGGACAGUUUAGCGGCGGAGGUUAUGGCACGUUGAUGAGAAAGUACGGUUUAGCGGCUGACAACGUAAUCGAUGCACUUGUGGUUGACGCGCGUGGAAGGAUUCUUGACCGACAAGCAAUGGGUGAGGAUUACUUUUGGGCGAUUCGUGGAGGCGGCGGAUCGAGCUUUGGUGUUGUACUAUCAUGGAAGAUUAAGUUAGUUGAUGUUCCGUCCACGGUAACCGUGUUUAAAGUCCAGAAAACAUCGGAGAAAGAGGCUGUUGGGAUCAUCAACAAGUGGCAGUAUGUUGCGGAUAAGGUUGCUAAUGAUCUUUUCAUCACCGCAACGUUGGAGAGAUCGAAUGAAAACUUGGUGCACGCUUUGUUUACUGGACUUUAUCUUGGUCCGGCGAACGAUCUGUUGGCCUUGAUGGAAGAAAAGUUUCCGGAAUUAAAUCUUGAGAUGGAAGAUUGCACAGAGAUGAGUUGGAUUGAGUCUGUACUCUGGUUUGCUGAUUUCCCAAAAGGAGAGUCGCUUGGUGUUCUCGCGAAUCGGAAGCGUACAUCUCUGUCUUUCAAGGGUAAAGAUGAUUAUGUCCAAGAACCGAUACCCGAGGCUGCAAUUAAAGAGCUAUGGAGGCGAUUAGAGGCGCCUGAGGCUCGGCUUGCAAAGGUCGUAUUGACUCCAUAUGGUGGGAAAAUGAGUGAAAUCGCAGAGCAUGAAACACCGUUCCCACAUCGAGAAGGGAAUCUCUAUGAGAUUCGGUAUUUGGCUUUCUGGAGAGAAGAGGAAAACAAGAACAAGAUGGAAACAGAGAAGUAUCUGAAAUGGGUUGAGAGCGUUUACAAUCUUAUGACUCCUUAUGUUUCGAAAUCUCCAAGAGGAGCUUAUGUCAAUUUCAUGGAUCAUGAUUUGGGAACGUAUCUUGGAAAGGAGGAGACAAAGUACGAGGAAGGAAAGAGUUGGGGAGUGAAGUAUUUCAAGAACAAUUUCGAGAGAUUGGUGAGGGUGAAAACGAGUGUUGAUCCAACAGAUUUCUUCUGCGAUGAACAGAGCAUUCCGAUACUCAAAUCCGUUGACGACAUCUAAAACUAUCCUUUGAAGUUUUAUCUACGAGUCCUUUUCACUAUGAAAUCAUCUGUUUUUGUUUGAAUAGUUAUGCUCCAAGUGUGUAACUUAUCUCUGUUAUUGUGAUAUAUUUGCGUUGAAUAAAAGAUUUCAUGGUUU